CAUGUGUCAGGGUUUAUUAUAAGUAUACUUUACCGAUAACGUUGUCACUGUCACGUAUUUUAUCGAAACAUUCAACAUGUGUUUACAGUUUACAGAAAAUGAACUGGAUUCAGGUCUUUCUCGUCUUGUGCCUGCCAAUAAGCAGUGUAUACAGUGACACGACUGUAACGAUCUACCCCCAGUGGUUGGCACAGGGGGCGUAGUGUCCGCUACGAUAGUGUCAGAUGGAACAAUCAUAAUGGUCUUGAUCGAGAGACUCUUAUCCCCAGAUGUCGAAGCAUACGGACUGAUGGUGCGCGCUGGAUAAACAGAGAUCUGAAUGAUCGUCUCUUCCAAGAUUGGCCAGAGGACCCAAACCGUAGUGGCUACCCAGAUCCCAACUACUUAAAGAACGCUACCAGACAGCAGGAACUCUUCUCUUUGUAUCUGGCUAACAUUAACAGUGACUAUGAAAAUGACGUGUUCAUGAUGUUGUCAGCUCAUGAUUAUCCAGCUUGGAUGAACCAGUCCGAGCACAGGGGUCAGUUCCCCAACAACGUCGAUGCUGCUGCAGAGUUCAUGGUGUUGCUGAUGCAAGGGAUCUAUGAUUACACUAAAGGCCGGAUCCCACCUUACUUCGAACCCAUGAAUGAACCCGAUGCUAGAUACAUGAUACUGAACUUCACGACCGUCUCCAUUUUACACAAACUAGUUGCGGAGAAACUCCAUGCCAGAUUUAACAUCCACGUGGCUGGGCCUACAGUUACAGGAUAUUCUGGCUCGUCAGACAGAAACAACUUUUCGUUUUGGACCCAAGUGUCACAGUUCAUGGACGCCACUUUAGACUAUUUAGACGUGUUUUCCUUUCAUUCCUAUAACUCACUUAUUGUUUCAGGCAAAUCUCAUCGGUUUGCUGGCAUGAAUGAAGCACGUCUUGUAGCAUUUGUUGAUCUGGUUGAAAACUAUGCUUAUUUGAAAACAGGAAAACUUACACCAAUUGUCAUCAGUGAAUAUGGUCGUGGGGGAGUGACAGGAAUUAGUUCAACUGCACCAUCCGGCAUUGUCGACUUCGCAACAAUAUACCACUCCAAUGCCCACAGAUUUACUCAGCUUAGUCUCAGGGAAUACAUUGACAGAUCGGUGGUGUUUCUUUUAGCCAAUGAAAAAUAUCCAGGACAUGACAGUCUCAACUGGUCACUUUUUACACUUCAAGGAAAAGCUACAAAUAUUGUCGAUGUGUACAAGUUUUGGUACAAUUUCACGUCAGACUACUCCUUCAUCAGAACCAUAAGUCAGUAUGAUGGAGAGGAACGAACGGUUUCACCCUUAGCAAUGGCCAGUUCACUGUAUAAUGAAACAGUCAUUCUCUUACACAGCUACUCUCAGAAGUCACAGAAAGUCAAGUUAGUAUUUCAGAACGGAUGGAUCAAACCAACCACGGGAGAAGCUACCUGCAUCACAAUCAAGGACAAUUGGAAUCCAGUCAUGACCUUCAAUGAACCCUUCGACAUAGGGAAAACUCAAGGAAUGGUUAAACUUCCUCCCGAGGCAACAUGCCGCUUUACAUUUAAGACUCCCUCAGACCAACAACCUAAAGUCAUUCUCAACGAAACCACAUACUAUGGAGCUGACACAGUUAUACCAAUCAAGGGCGAUGCCGUUUCGACAGAGAUAUCUCUACCAAAUGACCAGUACGACAGUGCAAGACUGAGAAUUUCGACCAGUUGGCCGAUCAACGUAACAAACAAUGUUUCAUACAUUACCUUUAAUCUCCAUCCUCUUCACUCUUUCUAUAAGCUGUACGAUUCUGACAAGCUUGACAGUCAGACAUACUGGGAGGUUUGGGAGUUUGUUGUCCCUCCCACCAUGUUUGUCACAGGUGCUAACCAGGUACAGAUCCACUUCUCAAGCAGCAUGACUACGGGAUAUGUUUCUUCAGUUGCUCUUGUCACAGGCAAUAUAGUCCAAUCUGAUUUAAAGUCAUCAUGUUAAUAACACUAAUUCUGAAAAAUGCUGAAAAUGACACCAUAACGAAGUUUAUCAUCUACAUCAU